AUGCAGCCGUUCUCUGAGGGCCUGACGCUAGCUGGGGCACAGCGACCCACGUUGCGCAGGGAGAGUGGUGCGCACGCAGUGCAGUCGCGGACAGCGCUAUCCCCAGUGCCCAGGCACAGGAACACUGGCUCGAUCGAGUGGCCUGGGCAGCGUGGAGGAGAGAGGACCAUCCUCCGCCUAAGGAACACAGGGCAGAGGACUGGAAAUGCGGAGCUGGGCGAAGGAGACCCAAGGGAUGUGCAGUUAGACGGCAGCACCGUCUCUAGGCCAUCCCUGAUAAACCCGCAAAGGGAAGCACAUCCUAUGAAGGGAAAGAAACCUGAGAAGAUGUGCACUGACUUACUUCCUGAUCACCCCGACGUUAUCAGAUACUGGGCGAUGAGAACGCGGACUGAAAGUCGGGACGGAACCAAAGGUCAUGGGGAUGCAGAGGCUGCCGCCGCCGCCACCGUUCACAGGGAAGCCAUCCAGCAGGAUGGGGAAGGCAGACCAAAUGACAAAAUCAACUAUAGAAAAGUGAUAAACUUGCUCACAGUCCCUACAGAUUACACCGAGAUUCGCAAAAAGUCCCAGGGAAAGUUGUUUAUUGUAUGGUUCCAUUUGAAUAAGAAUGUACCUAGAGUUAACUCAUUGCAGGAAUGUGUGGACCGCUUAUCUGUUAGUGUUACACAGCUUGACCCGAAAGAGGAAGAAUUGUCUCUGCAAGAUAUAACAAUGAGAAAAGCUUUCCAAAGCUCAACAAUUCAAGAUCAGCAGCUUUUUGACCACAAGACUUUGCCUGUUCCAUUACAGGAAACAUAUGAUGUUUGUGAACCACCUCCACCUCUCAAUAUACUCACUCCUUAUAGGGAUGGUGGUAAAGAGGGUUUGAAGUUUUAUACCAAUCCUUCAUAUUUCUUUGAUCUAUGGAAAGAAAAAAUGUUGCAAGAUACAGAGGAUAAGAGGAAGGAAAAGAGGAAACAGAAGCAGAAAAAUCUAGAUCGUCCUCAUGAACCAGAAAAAGUGCCAAGAGCAACUCAUGACAGACGGAGAGAGUGGCAGAAGCUGGCCCAAGGUCCAGAGCUGGCUGGAGAUGAUGCUAAUCUCUUACAUAAGCACAUCGAAGUCGCUAAUGGCCCCAACUCUCAUUUUGAAACACAACCUCAGACAUAUGUGGACCAUAUGGAUGGAUCUCAUUCACUUUCUGCCUUGCCAUUUAGUCAGAUGAGUGAGCUUCUGACUAGAGCUGAGGAGAGGGUCUUAGUCAGACCCCAUGAACCACCUCCACCUCCACCCAUGCAUGGAGCAGGAGAUGUGAAACCCAUUCCCACCUGUAUCAGUUCUACUACAGGUUGGAUAGAAAAUGGUCCUCAGUCAUCAGCUACAGGCAGAACACCUGUGUUUGUGAGUCCCAUUCCCCCACCUCCUCCACCACCUCUUCCAUCUGCCUUGUCCACUUCUUCAUUGAGAGUUUCAGUGACUUCAGCUCCCCCGAUCAGUACCCCCGCUCCACCUCCAGCCACUGCUUUGCAAGCGCCAGCAGUACCACCACCUCCAGCUCCUCUCCAGACCGCCCCUGGAGUUCUUCACCCAGCUCCUCCACCAAUGGCACCUCCUCUAGUACAGCCCUCUCCACCAGUAGCUAGAGCUGCCCCAGUAUGUGAAACUGUACCAGUCCGUCCACUCCCACAAGGUGAAGUCCAGGGGCUGCCUCCACCCCCACCACCACCUCCUCUGCCUCCACCUGGCAUUCGACCAUCAUCACCUGUCACAGUUGCAGCUCUUGCUCGUCCUCCCUCUGGGCUACAUCCAACUCCAUCUACUGCCCCCGGUCCGCAUGUUCCAUUAAUGCCUCCAUCUCCUCCAUCACAAGUUAUAUCUGCUUCUAAGCCAAAGCAUCCAUCAACCCUACCUGCAAUCAGUGAUGCCAGGAGUGUACUACUGGAAGCAAUACGAAAAGGUAUUCAGCUACGCAAAGUAGAAGAGCAGCGUGAACAGGAAGCUAAGCAUGAACGCAUUGAAAAUGUUGUUGCCACCAUCCUCUCUGGACAUAUUGCUGUGGAAUAUAGUGACUCAGAAGAUGAUUCAGAAUUUGAUGAAGUAGAUUGGUUGGAGUAAGAAAAGUGCAUUGAUAAAUAUUACAAAACUG